AUGAUAUACGUAUGUUUUCAGUGUUGUAUAGACUACGUAGAUAUGAUAUAGAAUUUCGAUUUGACACGGAUAGAUAUUUCAAGAGAUACCUUACGACAAAGGAGCGGUGUGUGACCUCUGACAGUUCCUUAACCUCUUAUCUAUCUGGUUUGUAAGAUAGCCGGAAUAGCUAUUCAGGAACACAAUACGUGGUAAGAGAAACAUCUGUAACAAUGAUUUCUAUAGAACAAUGGUUGUUAGUCUUAUUUCUAAGUAUGACGACCGUGGUCAGCGAAAAACGUAUCCUCCUUAGUGACCCCAAUUAUGUCGCCCAGGAGCUCAACCGUUUACAGUCAGAACUCCAGGAGGUCAAAGUCCAGGUUGGAGUUCUACAGUCAACUGUGACUCAACAGCAAUCUGUCAUCACGGAAUUAUCAAAUAAAGGUGUCCAGGGUACGGUGUAUACACGUUGGGGACGAGCAGACUGCCCAGUUGGGAACCACACAGAACAGGUUUACUCGGGGUAUGUUGGAGGAUCCUACUACACGACCACUGGUGCAGCAGCGAACGGCGUUUGCUUGCCAAACGAUCCGACAUUUGGUCCCCAGCAAUUGUCCGACACAUCUGUGCCGACUGCAAAUAUCUACGGUGCGGAAUUUGAGGAGUACGAACUAUUUGGUCUACCCCACCAGGAUGAAGAUGUUCCUUGUGCCGUCUGUAGAAAGCUCUGCUCAUUCUACAGUGACGAUGAUACCCGCCAGGACCUCCUGCUAUCCAGGCUGGACUGAAGCCUAUUCCGGUCUGCUAGCCGCUGGACAUCAAACACAAACUGCAGCCACUGAAUUUAUUUGUGCUGAUGGGCACCCUCAUAGCAUAACUGGAGGAAAUGGAAACGACAAUGGGAAAUUGUUUUAUGCUGUUACAACGAAAUGUGGAUCUCUGCAGUGUCCUCCCUAUGACAAUGAUAAAAUAGUGUCUUGUGUUGUUUGCAUGAAAUAACAAAUUACCCCGGAUUGUUACACAUCGACUUUAGAUGUAUGUUGUUUCUCCUAGUAAAGUCACAGCUACAUAUCAGCA